UUUAAAGGAGGCAGGCAGUGUCUAGACAUUACAUACUCACCCCCAGCAGGGACUAGUAGUACUAAAAACAGAGUCACAUAUUCUACCAUACACAAAAACAUUCAAACCAAAAUGAAUUCCUCUGCAUUCCACUCCUCAAAUUCUGAUUUCUCAUUGGAAUCUUCUUUCGGGUCACCGGAAUCUUUUUAUUCCGAUGACCAGAAAUUCAUCAAUUCCCUUCCUUUCAAUGAAAAUGACUUUGAGGAUAUGCUUCUUUUCAAUAUACUAGCAGAGGCUGCCCAAACAUCGUCAGAAACUAUUUCGACCACGGAUCGAAUUAAGGAAGAUCACGAGGUUUGCUCCAAAGCGGAAGAAAAUCCCAAGAAGGAAAAAUCAUACAGAGGUGUUCGGAGGCGGCCUUGGGGGAAAUUUGCAGCCGAAAUAAGGGAUUCCACUAGGAAUGGGAUAAGGGUGUGGCUGGGCACAUUUGACAGUGCGGAAGCUGCUGCUUUGGCUUAUGAUCAAGCUGCCUUUUCGAUGCGCGGUCCGGCUGCUAUUCUUAAUUUUCCGGCGGAGAGGGUUCGGGAAUCGCUUCGCGACAUGGAGGACACUUGGGAGACUGGUUGCUCACCUGUGGUGGCCCUAAAGAGAAAACACUCCAUGAGGAAGAAGAGAAUUACGAGCAAGAAAAGUUGUAAAGGGAGAGAGGUGAAGAGAGAGAAUGUGGUGGUGUUGGAGGACUUGGGUGCAGAUUACUUGGAACAACUUUUAAGUUCAUGUGGAAGUGCCAAUCCUUGGUGAAUCAAUGUCCAGCGCAUUUUUUUUUUUUUUUUUUAAUUUUUUUUUUCUUCUUCCUUUUUUUUUUAUUUUUUAUUUUCUUCUUGUGCCUUGUAUUUUCUUUCCCUUCCCUUUUACUUUCAUUUGUUAAAUCUCUUUUCAUGUAUUUAAGAUCAAAGGGAUGUAACAAAGUUCUUGAAAUUUGCAAAAAUAUUAUGCUUCCUUGUUUCAUUGCAAGUUAAAUUGACGGUUAAUUAUUUUUAUUUUUUAAAAGUUCAAGCAAAAAUGUAUACGAAUUUAAUCGAGGAGGGUUUAUAUCAUAUAACUGACAAAAAAGAAAAUGAACUGUAAAUUCUGUUAUGAUCUAUAUAAAUAAAGAUGGAACAGAAAGAACUA